AUGGGGUUCGUAAAAGCAGAAGAAUUCAUAAACCACUACAUGAGGGUUAAUAGAGAGAUAAAAAAAUUAUGUACCCGAAAAAAUGAAGAAUUCAAAUUUAACAUAUUCAUAUUUUACCAUAACAGCGUAGACUCUAUAUGCACAGAACAUAUUUUACAUUUCCAUAAGAAUGUAAAGAGAGAUAUAAACAUAUUCAGUUAUGGAAUUGAGAAAAAAGAAGACCUCCUCAACUUUUUCAAAAAAUAUGAAGAUGUAUAUUCUCAAAAUAAAGAAUAUUAUAGAGAUUACUUCUACCAAGUGGUGCUUAUAGGUAUGGGUUCUCAUAUGAACACAGAUGCCAACAUAUACACAUUGAUAGAGGACUUUUUCACAGGAAUUCUGGCCAAAAAUUAUGUUGGAUAUUUGAAAUUUUUCGUUAUUGAUAAUAAGCGGCCAUUCCAUGAAAUUUUCGAGAGCAGUGAUAGGUGGGAUUUGGUCUUGAGUGAAAUUGAAAUGAGUGACAUCAUGGGGAUAUACGGAAGUUCCAAUAGUGGCAAUCCUGAAAAUGGCGGGGAAGACCUUAGGAAUGAUCUUGGGAGUGAUGGUGAGGGGACGGGUAAAAAAGUCCAAGGAAAAAAACCAAGGGGAGGGAAGAAAAACACAAAAAAUCAUAAACUGCAAAAGUAUUACAACAUAGUGAAGGAAGAAAACAAGUGCAUGUGUCUUAUGAUUUACCCCUUUAUCCAAUGUGUGAGUGAAGAUGAUUCAUCUGCAAUUUUAUUCAUCUCUAGUGUUUCUUUAAUUUCUUAUUUAAAAACAGAUCAAAUAACAUAUGAAUAUUAUAAUAAAGAAAUUCGAAAUUUACACAACGAUUCUUUGAAUAUCUGUAAUGGACACUUCAUUUCAUUCGAUUCGGAACGAGGAUUAUUACCUCUGCUGUCUUUUAUAUCUCUCAAUGAAUCGCUAGAAAUCGAUGAAAGGAUAUACAUAUAUGACCACAAAAAUGUUAGAAACACAUUUAAUAAAAUUAGAACAAUGUGUCAUAUUGAGAUAAAAGAAUUCACAGGGAAUUUUAGACAACUGGAUUUAAAAAAACAAAAUGAAAUAUUAAUAAAAUUAAAGAAUUUUAUAAAAAUUAUAAAGCCGUUAAAUAGUUUAGCAUGGAAACGAAGAACUUAUGUUCUUUACAAUGGUGACAGUUUCUAUUUUUUACUUGUUCUCAUCUACAUCUAUAUAAAUAGAGCAAAAAAAAUGGAUUCUUAUCUUUACAAUUGCCUUAAAACAUCCGACUUUUUAUUUAAUAUUUUUAAAGAUCGAUUAAAACAGUCAGAAAUUUAUGACAAGCUAAUUGAAAAACAUCUACAUAAAAAUGCAGCUAGCUACUUAAGUGUAUUAAUUAAAAAAAUUAUGGAAAGCAAUAAAAAAAGUAUUACCAUUGCAUACAAUUUUAAAAUCUUUUUAGAUAUAUUCCAAACAUCUCAAAAUUCAUAUACACAUCCAUUUGAAUUAAAAUUUAUCUCUAAUAUGUUCUCUUCAUUUCAAUCAUACUGUAAUGAGAAAUAUAAAACCUAUCAUCUUGUUGUAUGUCACAUUAAUGAUUCGGAUGAUACUAUACUUUAUGGAUUCACACCACUAAACAAAAAUGAUUACUGGCCUUUGAUCUUCUCAAAAAUUGCUUACAGUAAUUCUGAACAAGUUGCAUACGACACACUCACCGAUGUAAACACAAUGCGUAUACGCAGGAACGACUUUAAGUUCAUUCUUUCUGAAAUUAAAGAUGUUUUUCGAAGCAUCCUUCGCUAUCACCACAAGCGACAGCUCGACGGGGAAGACACCACCGACGUGGAUGAAGAGGAAGAGGUGGAAGAGGUGGAAGAGGCGGACGAAGUGGAAGAGGUGGACGAAGUGGAAGAGGCGAUUGAAGAGGAAGAGGCGAUUGAAGAGGAAGAAGUGAUUGAAGAGGAAGAAGCAGAAGAAGUGGAAGAGGCGAUUGAAGAGGAAGAGGCGAUUGAAGAGGAAGAAGCGAUUGAAGAGGAAGAAGCAGAAGAAGUGGACGAGGUGGAAGAGGCGGAAGACUAA